AUGACGCGUAUGCUGGUGCCGAUGGUGCUGGUGGCCGGCGCGGUGGAGGCCUUUGGCACCCGAUGGCACGCCGAGCACAUGGCGUGCAAAGAGUGUGGCCUGGAUCUGGUGGUUGCAGAGCCGUUUCUGGACAAGACCUCAGGCUACGUGUACUGUGCUGAUCAUUUUAAUGCUCUUCAUCAUCUGACGUGCCAAGGCUGCGGCGAUGUCAUUGUCGGCGCACACCUGUACGAGCUCGAUCGUCACUGGCAUCAGGCCUGCUUUGUCUGUACCGUCUGCGCCUGUGCCUUCACCAGCUCAUAUCACGUUCAUCGCAACAAACCUUACUGCCCCGAGCACUACUACACUCGCCUUGGCUACAUUUGCUCGGCUUGCACAAAGCCGAUCACCGACGGCGCGCACAUCCGCGCCUGUGACUCGAUGUGGCACGCAUCCUGCUUUGUCUGCUCAGCCUGCUCCGCCGUCCUAGAUCACGGCUACUUUCGCGGUCCUGACUCUCGCCCGCUCUGCCCAGAGUGCUCACAGCCAUCCGCGCUGCGUAACAUGGCGCUUGCCGGGCGAUCAUCGACUCUGCCGACAUCGGCUCGCCCGGCACCGCCGCAUACCGGCGUCGGCCGCCGCUCGUGGUCCCAGCUGACGGCGCCAGUGGUGAACGAACACAACGCCUCGCCCGAAGACCACAACGAGCUGCUUCGACACCGGCUGCGGGUCUUUGUCAACCACCUUGGCGCCCGCCACUAUGGCGAGCUCCGCGCCGCGGUUCUCGCCGUCGUCAAGCAGGUCCACAUGCUGGCCGCAGCUGUCACCGCUCUGCAGGGCUUUGACAGCCAGGACCUGGUCAAUGCUGCUGUAGCCUUUGCCAGCAAGGCCCGCAUUCUGUUCAACGGGCGCAAUGGAAUGACGACGACAGCACUCGACUCUGUUGUCCAGUCCAUUGUGGCUGCGGCGCGCAAUCUGACCGAUGCCGCAGCGCGCACAGUUGCGCUCCACACCUCGCUCUCCCAGCUCGGAUCACUGUUAGAUGUCUAUCCCCGCCCGCCGUCGGUCCACGACGCACUCGUUGGCACUGAAGCCGAGGGAGCGUCGGCCGCCGACGAUGCGCUCAGCAUUCGCACCUCGUCGGCGUCCGAGUCUACCGAGGCCGUUCCAUCCGGUGACUUUGACCGCGACGGCCCGCAAGUCCACGGCGGCAAGCCCGGCGAGACCGACCAGUUUGUGGCACGGGUGCUGUUGGCGUCCGACGCCGAAGACGGAUCGUCUGGCGCUGCCAACCUUGUUUCGCUCACACCGAACGACGUUCGCCGCCUCGAGUUGGUACGCGAGCUCAUCGCUUCUGAGGAGAAGCAUGUGGCUCAGCUCGCCACCGUCACAUACGACUACCUCAUGCCGCUCCGGUUUCUGGGCGCCAACACGCUCGCGGUGGAUAAGCGCGAGAUCAUCUUUUGCAACGUCGAGUCGCUCUUUGCCUUUCACAGCGAGUUUCUCGAAGCGCUGCGGGCAAACUCGGCCGAGUCGCCCACUGCUGCUGGCCUCGACAGUGUGCUCGCGGGAGCGAUGGAUGACAUCACCUCGCUGUACCGAACGUACGGCAUGAACUCGGCGCUGGCCCUUGGCGAGUUGACCAAGGUCCGCGAAGCUCCCGGAGCGCAUCGAGCCUUCCUCGACUUUCUGAGCGAGGCCGCGGCGCGGACCGAGGCGACUGUGGCGUACAAGAGCAAGCUCGAGCAACUGCUCAUGGUUCCGCUCAAGCGGCUCGCGGCGCUGACGCUGCUGGUCACACAGCUGGCGGCCGUGGCCGAGCCCGGAUCACUGCUUCCGGACCACGCGGCCCGCCUUGACGCGCUGGCCUCGGAGGUCCACGCGGCUCAGACCCGGAUGAUCAACUGGCAGCGGGUCGUGAUGGUCAAGGCCGCCGUCCGCGACUGCCCCUUUGACAUUUCUGGCAACUCGGAGCGAGUUGUGCGCAAGGAGGGGCCGCUCGAGCGCUGUGGUGGGAGCUCCGGCACUAGCAAAAAGGUCGAGACUUUCUACGUCUUUCUCUUCUCGGACGUCAUGGUGUGGACAAAGCCAUCGAAGAAGGAGGGCUUCUUUGUCUUUAAGGGCAUGGCCACGCUCGUCGACAUCGAGGCCAUGUACCAAGACUCGGGCUCUUCCUCGGGCUUUUCCAUCGAGCUCAACGACGGCCGAACUAUCCACUGGCUCGCAGCCUCGUUCAAUGAGAUGCAAGCCUGGCUGCUUGCCCUCGGCCCAACCCUUGCCGAGUUCCAGGAUGAGCUGAUAGGCCUGGUGCAUGCAUCGCCGGCCGCCGACACCGCUCAUGCGGCCACGCCCGCCUCCGCCUCCGGCCCCGAUCCCACCUCCCACUACAGCUGA